CGCUUUUAUUUAAGUACCACCCAUAAAUUCAUCAAAAUAUUAAGUCAAACCAAAGACAAAAAAAUUAAAUAAUUUCUAUAGGGAAUAAUAAGUAUUACUAACAUCUCAAUACUGCUGCACCUGCAAAGCUCUUGCAAGAUGGAUUUAUUAGGAUCCAUUUUAAAUUCAAUGGACAAACCUCCGGUCAAUGAGGAGCAAAAGAAAUUAAUGAAACGCCAAAAGGAAAUGGCAGAACGCAUUAAAAACAAACAGAAAGAAGAACUAUUGAGAUUUCGUAAGUUUGUGGAGGAAAGAAUCAACCGUUUUGCCAAAGACGAUCGCCCACAUAUAGAAUUUCAGCCGCUCGACAAAGUUCAUCGUUCAGUCAUACAUGAUGUUGCCGAGUAUGGUGGUUUCAUUUGCAUGAGUUUUGGCUGCGAGGAUAUCGAUCGUUAUUCCGUAGUUUAUAAGAAAGAAAACGCUCCCACAGAGGAUGAGAUAGCAGCCCGACGUAAUGGCGAUGGUUGGAAUGAGGAGGUGGCUAAGGAAUAUGCAGAUAGACGUCGAAAACAAAAGGAAUUGGACGAACAAAAAAGACUGGCUCGUGCUUCCCAAAAUAGCUCAGUGUCUGCGACAUCAUCUUCCGGCCAAAGCAAUAGUUCAAAUUCUGGACAAAAUAAAAAUAGUUCUAAAGAAGUCGAGACUAAGCCCACAUUUAACUACAAAGAUAAAUAUGCUCAUCUCAUUGGCCAAGAUGCAGCAUUAGAAGCUGCCAGAAAAACAGAAACUAAUGUUUCCUAUGGAUUUGUGCCCAGUAAAAAUAAGAAGGAUGUUCGUUCGAUAGAGCAGACCUUAGCUGACAUUCAGGCAAAGAAGAGACUCAAAUUGCAGCAACAAAAGGAACAGGAACAACUCCAACAAGAAAAAGAUGGGACCACAGAACAGACGACAACAUCAAAGACAUCCUCACUGGCAACAUCCUCGACAUCUUCCGAAGCAAUAACUCAUUGAUACACUAAAUUAAAUAAGAAGUUCCUAUACAUUAGGCUAUUGUACUGAACAAAAUUACAUGGCAGGCUGCCCGAGCAAUGCAGUUUGUGCAGUAAUAAAAAGUUGAAUAUAGUAAAUAAAAGAAAGAAUAGCGCUGGUACAUAAGCAAUAAUCAUUUAGCUAAAAAUGGUUAUAGAAAAAUUGCACCUCUCAAACACCUCAGAAAGUUGCAUCCUUUGUGGACAACAGAAGAAACAUGAACAUGAAAAUAUGAAUAUUCAAAAAAGCUGUGCACUGCAGCACAACAAGAAAGGCCAUAAAUUCAUAUGAAAUAAAACGCAUUUUGGACACAAAGAAAUUAACAACGACAAAAAAAAGUACUGGCUAAUAACUUUCCUUUUUUGAAAUGUGAAUGUCGUUGCUUAGUUUUAUUUGUUAGAAAUAAAUAAACACACCACACCCUAUAAUUGCUUGGAAUCCCACUUUUUUUUCAUAGACCUCACGCGGUUUCGUUUGAAAUAUUAAUCCAAGAUAUUACAAGAAAUGCCUGUGUAAUAAUUUGAAGAUUUUUAUUACACAUAUAUUUUUUUGAUAACUGUUUAUUGUUGCUAAUUGAAAUGAAUAACAAAAAAUUGUACGCGGAAUUAUGUAGUUACUAAGUCCCUUUGUUGUAGUAUUCACAGAUUGUUAGUUUGUUUUUAAUUACUAAUUUAGCUUUUGAAUUAUUAGAAUUAAGGAAAAAUUCAAGGCUAUUUUAAACACAUACACAUGUAUGUGCAUCUGCAUAUGUACAUGCAUUGAUUUUGCUCUACACUAUUUCUUAAUUCGUCUUUUAUUGACCUCCUUGCUAUGAGAUUACGAUAUCCUUCUAAUAGAUAUAUAACAUGUAUCAAACUUAGUUGUGUACAUUUUUAUUUUAAGUUAUAGAAAGUAUGAACAAAACGCAAAUAUAUCAAAACGAGAAAAUUCAA